ACGCGUAUGACCAUCGAGGUGUGCAUCGAUUCCGUCGAAUCGGCCCUCGCGGCCAUACGAGGAGGGGCAGAUCGUCUCGAGCUCUGCGGCAAUCUCGGGCUUGGAGGAGGCACUACUCCCAGCCUCGGACUAUUCAAGGCCGUGCGCGAGGCAACGCCGCACGGCAUGCCUAUUAUGGUGAUGGUCCGACCCCGCACCGGGGACUUUCUAUACACCGACGCAGAGUUCGGCAUCAUGCGCGAGGACAUCAAGGCCUUCAAGGAAGCUCGCGCCGACGGCGUCGUCCUGGGCAUUCUGCACAAGGACGGCGGGAUAGACACGUCCCGCACCAAAGUGCUGGCAGAAGAGGCCGCUCCGAUGCAAGUGUGCUUUCACAGAGCCAUUGACAUGACAAGCCAAGACAUUCUCACACACCUCGCCAUAUCCCGCAUCUCUCAAGUAACACGCAUUCUUACCAGCGGCCAAGCCCCGUCCGCCCCAUUUCCCUCUGCGCUUCCGACGCUGCGGACGCUGCUCCGCGAUGCCUCACGCAUGCCCUCUUCUGCAAAGGUGCUUGUCGGCUCAGGGAUCAACGCGCAUACGGUGGAUCCACUUCUAAAGGAACUCUUACCUUGCGGCCUGCGCGAGGUGCACCUAAGCGGCGGAGGAUGGGUUCCAAGUGAGAUGGAGUUUCAGAGGGAGGGAAUGGGAAUGGGUGUCGGCGGAGAGGGGGAGUGGGGCCUAUGGAGAACAAGCGAGGACAAGGUAAGG